AUGUCGAUAAUCCGUGGUCCUCGCAAAGAGAUUGAUUAUUGCCCCCACGAUACACCGUGGCAACAAAUUGCAGAUGUCGAAUCUCUCAGGAAACAGUGUUUGAGGCGUGGACUUUCGGACGACGGGAACAUGUCAUCACUCCAGCAACGCCUCGAGGAAUACCAACAAGCACACAGACAUGAGAAUGAAGCUCGAGCUGCAACUUGGCGAGUUGUUCCUGAUUUAGCUUGGGUAAACGCCAGCUGCACCUGGCGCGAUUACGACUUUCAGUUAAUCCAGCUCACGGACACAAGCGAUGUGGGCUCGUGGUGGCUUGAGAAGCAAUUCACCCUCAACGUCAGAAAUUCGGGUAUCUUCACCGUUGUAAUUUCCAAGGACCUCACGUGCAACUGCCACACAAAUGCGUUUCUUUCGGUGGAAUUGGAAUACAUCUUUGCCGCGAACCCCUACUUCUACUAUUUCCCCAACAAAACCCCAGAGAGGGUACCUCAAGACGACGUUGUCCCUUCCCCAGCGUGCGUCAUCUGCUUCCAGAAGAUCAGCUACACUCCGAUACUGCCAUGCGCGAAAUGUGGUGAUUCGGCUCAUAGAGAGUGUUUCGAUAUCUUCAAUGACAUCAGAAAGCCUAGCCAGCGCCUGCGGUGCGUACUCUGUGAAGACGAGAAGGAAUGGGCUUGUCCUGAGCGGGAGUCUGCCCCUCCAAGCCAAAACUUGUUGCACGAAGAGGACGGAAACAAUCCUCUUCAUGAGAUCAAGCUGGUAGCAAUGCUUUACUACGAGGAAAAGUCGAGAAGACACACAUGA